AUGCGCAGUGGGUGGACAACUGCUCCACCGCCCCUCUCGGGCACGCAGAAGCAAAUUGCGCUGGGUCCGCUGCCCCGCCGCUCGGCCGACCCAGCAGGUGGAGCCGCUUUGGACAAGGAAGGGGCUAUAGCGUCCGGCAUGAAGAUCCCCCACAGAGUUGUUUUGUGGAGUGAAUUCCCUGCCGCCGAUCAACUUGACCCAACCUGUCCAACCAACUCCCUGUCUGGUAGCCGCCCAAGGCCGUUGAUAGCAAGGCUACCGCCCUCUGCCAAAGCCACCAUGAAGUUGAUCACGACGGGGUGA